AUGACAGAUACUCUUCCUGAAGAAGCUCCCUCACACGGGUUCGUCGACCCGGCGGUUGAAGCCUCCACUCUGGCCCUACCACCAGUCAGCCGCCGCGCGCGGAAGAGGGACCGGGUGACGGCGGAGACGAAAAUAGUCUCGGUGCUGCUCGCCCGCCCCGAAAUGACGGCAUCGUGGGGGUUUAUGAUGUGCAGCAACACAUUCCCAUUGCGUGUGGGCGAGAUCACGUUGGAGUCGGCGGCGCGUCUGCAGAGGGGCGAUGAAAUCAUAGAGAUAAAUGGGGUGACGCCAGAUAGCUAUGAAACUGCUAUUCGGCAAUUUCAGCGUGCACGACUUCACUUGGAGCUGCGCCUUCGCCGCACCUGUAGUGGAUCCAGCCAACGAGAUAGGUCACAAUCUCAAUGCAAUGAGUCGCCAGAGCAUGCUGCUUCUGUAGUGUCGGCAUCCGGCUCCCUUACUCCUACGGGAAAUAGAACCAGCGCGGAUGACUCAGUGUCUCGGCACGAACGAAUAUCCCCGGCUUCAAGAGAGCCCGGGCACACACCAGAACAGCUCGUCUUGGAUAAAAUUCUGCGGAGUGAUGAGGCGCACAAUGGCGGUGACACUGGUGGUGGUAAAAUGGACGCGUUGCCUGGGCCUCUUCGCUCGUCAAUGGAGGUUCUUCGCCUCCCGGGGAGUGAGAACGUAACGAAUGUCUGGCAGGACAUCCUCGAUAGAAGGCGCGCGCACGCUUCCAAAAUGUGUGACGGCGACGACGACAGUCGCGCAGAUGUCUGUACUCUCCUUCCAAAGCCUGCGCGACAGGUAAUCUAUGAUCGUCACAGCUGUCCUUUCACAGCAGCGGAGGGCUUUACAGCCGAGUUUCACACUGCCGUGCAGUACGUAUUGACAAAGAACGCGCUGUCGUGCGGCCGCGACGCGCCAGGCAGUGGUCCUGCGCCACCGAGUCGCGGUGGCCCACACCGCGUCGCAGCAUUGCUGGCGCAGGAUAUAGAAGCCAAAGCGGCACGGCGCGCGGAGCAAAUUCAGAAGUACCGCGCAGAGAACGGAUUCGAACGGCGCAGAGAUGAUCUGGCGGCGAUACACACUGCAAUGCUGGGUGUUGUGGCGCCGCACCGCGCCGAGAUGGUGGAGCAGCAGGAGGAGGAGGCGGAAAGGUACCGGCAAAAACAAAAGGCCGCUGACGAGCAUCGCGCCGCGUACGUUGAGGCUACCUCGUCGAACAAAGCCGAGAGGCCGCAGUGGCGGCAUCACCGCGAGCUGCGCAAGGAUCGCAUGGUGCUGCAGGGCCCGCAGGCGCACGAUUUUCCGCACUCACCUGCAGCACCGGUGAUUAAACCUACUGGGGAUGGUGGUGAUAUGGCCACUGGCGGUGUUCUCAGUCGUUGUCUGCGUCUCCCAACACCACCACCACCACCACCACUCUCUUCGUCUAUGCCAACGUAG